AUGGACAACAAGAGCCUUCUAUCUUUACUAUCAGCUGAAUGUGAAUCUUUUCCAGUUCACUAUUUGGCCCAGGGAAGUUCAAACUUUCAAGGACAACCGGUAAUAAUGACAUCGAAAACUGACGGCAUUCAACUUCUUCUACAGGCCGAAAAGAGUGCAAGUGAGAAAGUCAAUGAAGCUAAACGGCGAAAAGCAAAACGGUUGAAAGAAGCUAAAGCUGAAGCUCAGGCCGAAAUUGAAGCCGAGAAAGCAGAGCGCGAACGCCACUUUAAACUAUGCGAGGAAAAGGUACUUGGUCGUCGGUCCGAAAUAGAGCUGCAGAUUCAAAAGUUGACACAGGAGAUAAUCGACACGCAAACUAACUCAGUCAAUAUGCACAAAGAAGAUGCUAUUAACAUGUUACUUAAUUGCGAAUACAAAGCUGAAUUACAUUAUAAAUGUACACAAAUUGCUCGAGAAAUAGCCAGCGAAGAACAGUGUGAAAUUGAUAUGAAUAUAGUGUGUUUGGCUACAGAGUUGGUCUUUCGUUUUUAUCAAGUUCUUGCUACAGAUUUGGAGACAUUCAGUAAACACGCGAAACGUUCCACUGUAACUAUCGAAGAUGUAUUCUGUUUUGUUCGAAGAAAUCCCCGAUUAUUGCAACAUUUAACGGAGUACCAUAAGAGUCAAACUGAAAGCAACAACCAACAGUUGUCAUCUGAAGUAAUCAAUGAAAAUUCUAAGGGGAAAUUAAAACUGAAAGCUUCUAGAAGAAACGUAAGCGGGAAUAAAACUGAAGUCAAAGAAUGCAGUAAAAUAGAUCAAAAUACUGACGACUUUGUGUGAAAUUUACUCCUUUUUCAGAUUUAUGUUAAUCUUCAGCAUAAAUAAUUUAUUUUAAUAAAAUGUUGUUGUUUCUA